AUGCGGCCGCCGACGUUACGUGCAUUCACUUCACCACAUGUAAUUCGUCAUCGCAUCACAACUCUCGCUGUGUCAGGUACCAAACUCAACCAACGCUUAUCGCUUCUUCUAGGAGUAGGUUUACCCGAGUGCACUGCAACUGAGGGCCUGGCGAGUUCGCUUCGGUUCGUAUCACAGGAAUGCCUCCCUCCUUAUUUGGCCUUUACAUUCUUAAGUCACUGUUGGUCCAUGUGGUCUGCCUCAUCGUCAUUUGCCGUGGCUGCCCGCAAAACGGUUGGAGGAACAAAUGAUUCAGUCGCGUUGGAGACAUUACUCAAUGUUUCGGAGGAGUGUCUUCUGGCUUAUAGUCGUAUAGCGGGCGAAGAGAAUCGCUCUCAGCGUCAGAUAGUUAACGAUAGGGGAACUGUGAAAAAUGCAACAAUGGGAGCGUCAACACCGCUACCACACAGUAGAGCGGGUUAUCAUUAUAUCGUGGAUCACAUGUUGCGAAUCUGUUCCGGUUAUAUGGAUGCUAGAACGGCCGUUACUCUUCUGCAGUAUGCUGUUAGAGUUGAGGACUCAGAGGGCGCCGUCUUUAAAGGACUUGUGGAGUUAUUGGCUUCUCGAACUAGUGGUGAUCCAUUGUUGUUUGAGAACUGUCUGCGUAAAGUUUUGGGUGUUGCCCUCCCGGUGCACGUUUCUCCCAUCGUGACGUCUGUGUUGUGUCUGCGCGUUGUGACUUCGAGCGUUCUUAAGCUUUGCAUGCAUCAUGUGGCCACUGUGGUUCGGGGUCGCCAGAGCGGACGUCUCGCUGUCGAAAAUGCCCUUGGGGGGCUUCAUCGAUGUGCUGUGAUGGCGCUUCACUGGCUUUUGAAAAAUCCCUGCGGUGAUCAAUGGUGUAAUGAGUUGUGCAUACAGGUAAUGUCGUGCCUAAAGUAUGCCCCCAUGUUUUUAUUGUGUGAUGUGUACGGUACAAUGGCGGAUCGUGGGUUGGUGACGCCCUCAGUCCAGUGUAAGUUUCUAGCCAAUUGUGGAGUUGCAUUGGGUUCUAGUGGUUCCGUGCCGGAUCACUGUGGUGAGGUAAUAAUUCGCGCAUUCACUGAACUCACAAAGAGUGACCGCGAAACCAGGUAUAUUGAAGAGGGUCUUGUGCAUGGCAGUGCUGCUCUUGUUGCACUAGGCAAGGGAGGACUUGUUCGGCGUGCGUACGUUAUGUUUCCAACGCUUCGUGUAACACAUCAUUUGGUGAUGGCCCACGUGCACCACGCAGAUGUUGUCCGUGCCUGUGAUUCGCUUCUCAGCGUUGCAUGCUCGCGUGAGGAGGGUUGGAUAAAUAUUCCACCUCCUGUGAUGCACGCCAUACACGCUGUUUGCGUACUGGUUGGUCGGUCAGGUAGUUCCGCCGACGUGGUACCUCUUUACCGCGCAAUCGUGUGUUUUCAUAACCCCGGCAUCAUCGUUAGCCAGUGUAUGGAAUAUGUUCUAUCUGGUUUGUGUGACCGUGUUGCGCGUAUUAACGGGCAUUUCUCAAAGGAAACGCAGCCAUGCACGAUACUAGAACAUAUUGUACCUUUGUUACGCGCAAUUGUGCGUUGCAUUGGUGAUGACAUCAAUACCGACAUGAUACUUGAGCUACUCGAAACAGCGCUGAGCGUAGAGUACUUUUCUGUUCCAUUGACUGCAUCCAUCGUAUGGACAUUUCAGCGGUCGACAAGUCUUGCGUUAAAAGAUCUCUUUUCUCGCGUAGACCCGUCAACGAACGGUGUUCCCUUUUUAAAUUACUAUGCCCUCUGCCACGCCCGUGAUCGGGGAAUGCUGGAAACUGUUGAGCAUCUCGCAACCGUCUGGCACUGCGAUGUGGAACCCAUCCUAAAGCGUUAUACUUUCCUGCUGCCAUCAUACAAGUUAUGGAAGUGUGCUGCUUGUGGUCGCUUUAACAGUGACAGGUUUAAUUACUGCUUGUGCUCUGCGCUCCGGAAUGGGUUUGUUGUGUGUAGCAAAUGCGCUUAUGCACAGGAUGAGCGAUUAAGUUUUUGCCAGUCAUGUGGCGUCCGUACGGAAGAGGGUGCGGUUGCGGCUGCCGUCGUCCGCCGUGCGUGGACCUGUGGUGAAUGCGGGGCGAACAAUCCUGCGCGGCAGGUGAGUUCCUGUUUCCGCUGCAAGGCAGACUUGGGCCCAGUGGCAAAAGCGUUGAAAGAAAUGGGGAAUUCCAAAGUGACCUCGUGCUCAUGCCCUACUGUGGAUAGUUCGGGUGAAGGGAAAGGAUCGUGUAGGUCUAUGCACUAUUGCCGACAUUGCGGAUGGAUGCGCGAACCCUGGGCGGUUGCUAACAGCACUGUGUGGCGCUGUGAGGGAUGCAGCCAGUUGCGAAGCUCACUCGACCGCACCUGCCCAGAAUGCCCCCACGUUGACUUCUUGCCCUUUGCGAUGGCGCAUAAAAGUAGCGACGUCCGCUCUUGUGUGGACUGCGGGGCCAUGGCGGAAAACCCUUUUGCUGAAAAAUGUGCUCUGUGUGCCGGUGCUUUGCGUGUGGGGGCAACGGCGCUGAAGGCCCCAACAACAUCGUCAGCGGCGGUUGGAGAGUCGGAAUUGAUGGUUGAAACGGCCCAGUGGUGUUCGAAUUGUGGGGGGAUAGUGGUUGAAAAACUGUCUAGUCAUUGUUCAGAAUGUGGACAUGCGCUUCAUUUUGCUGACGUGUUGCAUCUUGCCGUGCGGCGCUGCAGUGCAUGUGGAGAGGAUUUGGGUACGCAGCAAAUCGGAGUUGUAUGCGUUCACUGUUUUUCAUUUGCUCCCCCUGUUCCACGGGAAGGUUGGAGCACCGCUGUGGUACAUGAAACCUUCAGGGUGAUCGAUCGCGCCAUGGAACGGAAGUUGGGCUGUGACACGUUAGCGGACUUAUUUCACAAAAUCUUAGUUUCUUUCCGACAGCACGUUGGACAGGCGACAAUUAGCGAAACCCGUGUGGCUGUGGCUGUUGCAUUAGGGCGGUUACAAGCAGUGUUGAUCGCAAGUGUUCCGUAUGAGAGGAUGGCCCGCCGAGUAAUUGCUCUGACGAAGCAAUUGUUGGAACAUGUUGAUAACGUAUGUGGCGUUUCUUCUUCUCAUUUCCAUCCUGGACAAUGUCCGCAUUGCCUUGGAACUCACAGGCCGGAACUUUGCUCUUUCAACGAGGAAGAAUGGGUGUGUGAGGUGUGUGGGGCCGAAAAUGAAAAUGGGGAUGUAUGCCGUUAUGUGUGUCGUAACUGCCUCUCCCUUCGCGACACGGUCCGUGAGUUGUGUCCGACGGAAGCAUGGGAAUGCCCCCAGUGCCAAAGGGCAAAUGUAGAUUUUGAAUCAUACUGCAUUUUUUGUGGGGUUCAGCGGGCUGUGGUUGAGGAUGCUGUUGAGGAAGCAGCCGAAGUGGUUCCUUUCAUUCCUGCCAAAUGUAGUGAAUGCAACCUCGUGCAUCUGGAGGCUCGGUGCCCCUUAUGUCAUAACACAAUACCCGAAACUCUACGGAAGGCUGAGGGUGUGGUGUGUCUCGUGACGAGUCGGUACGCCUUUAUUCAACCCGUCGGCACGGAGCACCCGAAUCAACGUGUGUACGUCGGGCAACAGUGGUUGCGAAAGCACAAAUGGACAGGAGGGGAAAAGGUCACAUUCACGGCACGACUCAACGACCAAGGUGGUUUUCGUGUGACUUCUGUCCACUCUUAG